AUGUCUUGGCGUCAGCGUUGCCGCCAGAGGUUACAUAUUCGGUGCACCGCUCGUCCAUCAUAUAUAGCGGGUGCAACGCCGAGAAGCCUCUUCAACACGAUGGUCUCCAUGGGGGUUUACGCCACGAUUUGCCGCUACAGAGGGUUGCCGUUGAGGUACCCGGGGAGCAGGUACACAUGGGAACACUUCUGCGAUAUGUCUGAUUCCAGGCUGUUGGCAGAGCAGCAGAUUUGGGCAGCAACCACGGAGAGUGCCAAGAAUCAAGCAUUUAACUGCACCAACGGCGAUUUCUUCACGUGGAAGAAGUUCUGGAAGGCCUUCUGUCAAGUGUUUGAUGUGGAGUUCGACGAGGAGGAAGAAUGUGGGUUCGAUGUUGUUGGGAUGAUGGCGGGGAUGGGACAUGUGUGGGACGAGAUUGUUGAGAAACAUGGGUUGGUCAGGACAAAGAUGGCAGACAUCACUUGCUUUGAUGCAGUGACAGUAGUCACCAACUUCAAGUUCCAGCAUGUUUGUAGCAUGAACAAGAGCCGUAAGUUCGGGUUUCUGGGUUACUGCAACACGCUAGAGAGCAUUCCUUACUGGGUUGGGAGGAUGAGGGAGAUGAAGAUCAUACCUUGA